GCAUGCAAAAGAUGCUGCCGCUUUCCCCUCCCAGAACCCUCGCACAGGAAGGGGUGAUUGGUUGGAACCUGAUGACCGCCUGAUGACCGCUCGCGACCGUCCCAUCACUUGAGAGUUUUUCGUCUCAAUCUAUGUCUGAGUGCCAUCUGACCAUGGGUGCAAACCUUAGUUUGCCACGUGGCAAAGCAAUCGUCCCGACCGGCGACCUGACGCAAGUUUAAUUGGAACGAAAGACGCUUUCCUCUCCUGCCCCCGGCGCAAUCAACCAGUCGGAUACUCUGAGAAUGAUCUGUUGAAAGCAGGUGGUGGCAAGGCCUGUAGGAGGAGGAGGAGCGCGAGCAGGUAAAUCAUCAUAAGAAGAGGGGUUAGGCUACUGUGGGUCGGGAUGCUAUCCCGAGACGAAAGAUCUUGGCAUCGCGGGAGGAAAGAUCGUAGGGGCAGGAGAUAGCGAGGACAGUUCCUGCAUCUUGCUUCAACCAGGCGCAACGAUCGGCUGUCUCUUAUAUGAGAUAGAUACAUAGAGAGGUAGUGGAGUCGGGGCACAUACACACGCACACACACGCACACACACACACAGAGAGAGAGAGAGAGAGAGAGAGAGAGAGAGAGAGAGAGAGAGAGAGAGAGAGAAGCUUUUUUUAUUGUUGUCGACGGGAUAUGGCGAAGUUGAGGAAACCAAGAUGGGUAGUGUUGGGGGUAACAUGUGGCAACCGGAAGGCGGAGAAACAAGGGCAUGGGCGUUCGGAUAAGGACAAGGUAAAGGAGGAGGGAGGAGGAGGAGGAGGAGGAGGAGGAGGAGGUGGGGGAAACACGCGCGGGCUAGUAGGUGGCUGUAGCCCGCGUGUGAACGAUAGCUCUGCAGCCAUGGGGGGAUUGUCGCCGUCUGUGAGCAGCCGAGACUCAUCUGGGAUGGUCAUUGGUGGUAGCGGAGGAGAUUGGAGGAGGAGGAGGUUCUCCGUAUCGAGUGGUUUCGUCGGCCUCGAAGAACUCUCUGAUUUGAGCAACUCAUUCGCUGAGGUUCAUUUGCUGGUACAUCCAACAGUAGAAGAGCUCAGCCAGAAGAUGGAAGCUUUGAGACCGAAUCUGGUUUACUUCUUUGCCGAGCUAUCGAGUGCGACUAAGCGCGAUCUGGGCACCUUGAGCUUCUCCGACGGGAAGACGAUCCCUGUGGACAUGUUCGCUUCCUUGUUCCAUGGCAGCCAACCCGAAUUGGUUUUUCUGGACGCAUGUUCGAGUGUCAAGCACGGCGAGGCCCUCAGAACAAAGGGUGUACCUCAUGUGGUAUGCUGGCAAUCUAAUGCUGUUGGUCUUAUACCAGCGUAUCAGUUCAGCAGGGCCUUUUUUUCAACGCUGAGAAGUCAUGCUAUUGGUGCAUGGGAUGCUUUUUGUGUUGCAGAAUCUUCAUACAGAAUGAAUUGUAGACCUUGUGCGGGUGAAAAGGCGGCAUACCAAAUGAGCAAUGGGGGAAGUGGCGGAGGUCAGAAGUCGCAUGGAGGGGGAUUGCUCGCACAACCGUGUAUUUUAGGGGACCCUCCCCCUCGGCCUAUUGUUCCACAUAUUUCAGGCGCCGUAGAAUCAAGCUCAGACAGACGAGCAAAAGACGGUUCCUCUGCUGUUGUUCUUUCACCUGAAGUUGAAGGAGUGCGAGUUCUGUUGUGUGGCGACUCUUCCCUAUUGGAUCAGGUUCGGCUGGCGUCCCUUGCAGAAGGGCUUGAUGCGCUAUUGACCAUGGAGGCACGGGGAGUUCGGCUCCUGCAUCGGGUGAGUGUAUCUCCACCACCAACAGCAGCAUCAACAAUUGCUUUAACAAAGGGCGCAAUUACCAUGCGCUGUGAUAUAUGCACAGUUAGUGGGGGUCGCAUCUCUCUUGUUAUGUCUGGAUCUGCGGCGGCAUUUGUUGAAGAACAGCUGCUGGAGUUCGCCAUUCGCAAAGAACUCGUAGAGAGAACAUCACGUGUACAUGUCUCUGCGCCCUCAAAAGAUGGCAUACUUAACCGUGUUAACAACUCUGUGGCGUUUGCAAGACGAUCUGCUGUCGUUGCAGCGGGAGGACCUGUUGUUGAAGUGAGCAUCACUGCUCCAGGGUGGGCUGUGCAGCUUUUACGCCAGCUUGCGGCAGAAAGCACGUUCAGAGGAUUGGUUGCAAUGGGUGUGGCCGGGAUAGGUGGCACACCAGUUGCUGCCUUUCAGAAAGAGGAUGCAUCUCGCUUCUCAGGGCUCUGCAGAUUUCGGAAUGGCGAAGCUCAGCUGGUAGACAGCAAUGGCAGUGCCGUCAGUUCGUGCUCAACUAGUAAUAGUGGAAAUGGGUUUCAUCAUGGCAAGGCAAAUUUUGAUGGGAGGGGAUCUCCCAAGUGUCCUCCACCCAUGAGCUGGUUUCGAGGGCCCGCUCCAAAGCGUGUGCGUCUGGGAUUCCCUGGUAAUGUGGCCAGCGGCUCUUGCGAUGAGCUACCUGGUGCUGGGAAUGGUGGUGCGGUGGGAGACCAUGACGAAAAGCCUGGAAGGAGUAGAGGUGGCAGAGGGAAUCUGAAGUCAGCCUCCCCUGCUCAGUCCCCAAGCGAGACUGCUAUUUCGGGUGAUGAGAAUCACAGUAUUAGCCGGUCAAAAGUCCCCCUUGAUGUAAUGAGAGCGGCAAUGAGGCCAAUACCCCAGCCUGGAAAGCGUUGUGCUAUCACAACAGCAGUCCCAGAUGAAGGAACUCUUGCUGCCGGGAACAAGGUGUCAGUUGCUGUUGCUGGACGGGCAGACAGCCCGGAGGGGGCUGCUUGGGGCUCACCAACAGCUGCAGUAGGCAGUGGAAGGGGUGCCGCGGGAAGUGGAAGUGGCAGUAGUGGUGCAGGUGCAGCUCGGGGGAGCGGUGGUGGGCCCCCUGGUGUUGCCAUGGGUGGGACAACAAUGGAGUUCAUUCAAGACCUUGUUGAGUUCCUAUGUUCCCGGGGUCAGGGGAGGCUCAUUCCGGCAGGGGGUAUUGGCAACUUCCCUGAUGUAAUUUUGAACGGGACGCGUCUUGAUUUGUUUAGUCUGUAUCGAGAGGUAGUGUCUCGUGGAGGGUUCCAUGUUGGAAAUGGAAUAAACUGGAAAGGUCAAGUGUUUGCAAGAAUGCGCAACCAUACGCUAACAAAUAAGAUGACGGGUGUUGGGAACACUCUGAAAAAGCACUACGAGUCUUACUUGUUGGAGUAUGAACUGGCUCAUGAGGACACAGUUGGGGACUUUUGCGUCCUUUGUCGAAGGACUAUGCGAAGAGAGAUGGGCGGGACUAUAUAUGCCCAAGGUGUGCGAGUGCUGGUGAAACGUACACGACAUCAAAGAGAAGAGGGGGGCACUGGGAGAACCCCUCCCUGCAUGGCGGGAGGCAUGCUAACAUGACGGCACCUGUUGGUGAGCAUCAUGAAUUGAGAGGAAGUCACAGACGAGGCUGGGGAGGGAAUUACACAGUGAUGCGUUGAGAAACGGUUGUAGUCUGUUAUUUUUCAAUAUCUAUAUCUUUUGUCUUUGUUCUGCCAGAUCCAUAUUGUGAUGCCGCCCUGUCCCCCCUUCCUCCCCCCCCUCCUCACCCAGUCCCCUUCAGGGCAUUUUCAUUGACAUUCCCGUUGAUUAGCUGCAUACAACUAGAUACAUAGUAGUUAAGCUGUAGAUGAUGGCAACGUAGACACGAGCCCAAAUUGCUUUGCGAAUUCUGAUCGAUAAUUGAUGAACCUAUUCAUAUAUAUAAAUAUCUAUAUAUAUAUUAUAUAUAUAUAUACGUGUAAGUGGUGCGCUCUUCUAGUUGAUAGGUAUGUGACAUUGGGCCUCGCUGCACUGCUAGAACAUUCUAAAUGUAUCUGGAGCUGGUAAUGGUCCCAAUACAUUCAGAAUGUUGGAUCAGUCCGAGUGCAUCUGGUCCAGUGAAAAACCAUCACAUACGUGUAGAAUGUGUAGUGGAGUGAGGCCCAAUGUAUACAUGUAUGCGGUGAGCUUUGCUUUUGCUA